UAGAAUUAUAGUGACCAUUAUUUGACCGGCUCCGGACGCGCGCCGUACCAUCUCACGAUCCUCCCAUCCACCAAAGAAAACCCUUCGAUCUCAGCCUGCAAAUUCCCUCCUCCACCACAACUGAAUCCACAAAGAUGGGCAAAAAACGAAAACUCGACCAAACCCGGUCCAAAGCCGACCCCCGCUCGCACAAAAAAUCCAAAUCCGCCGCCGCGCCGGGGAAGAAAGCAAAGCCCCCCGCAGUGACCCAGCAUCCCGCUCACGAUGCGGUGGAAUAUGACCCGUUCGAUCGGGUGCUGCUGGUUGGCGAGGGAGAUUUUUCAUUCGCAGCAUCGUUAGUCGAGCAUCACGGUGCCGCCGACCUCCUUGCGACAUCCUUCGACAGCGAGGAAGAGGUAAUCCGAAAAUACUCCAUCGCGGAAACCCACCUCCAAACCAUCCGCGCCGCCGAGCAGCCCCUCCUCUUCACCGUCGACGCCACCAAGCUGAAGCAGAAACCCAUCCGCAACCACGCGCCGUACGAUAAGAUCAUCUUCAACUUCCCCCACGUCGGCGGCAAGUCGACCGAUCAGGAUCGUCAGAUCCGGCAUAACCAAGAACUCCUCCUCCAAUUCUUCCAGGCCGCCACGCCACUCUUAAAAGAGCGCACGGGGACGAUCCAUGUAACGCUCUUCGAGCGGCACCCCUACUCCGCCUGGGACGUUCGCGGCCUCGCGCGCACCGCCGGGUUGGUGGGCGUGCGGAGCGCGAAGUUUCGGUUUGAGGAGUAUCCGGGGUACACGCAUGCGCGGACUCUGGGGACGCUGGAGGGU